GCGGACGGAACGAGGCUUGACAAGUUGAAGAAGGAGGAGGAAGCUGGACGGUCGAUGACGGCCGCUCAGGCUGCGGCGAGUGCAGCUGCUAAGGCUGGUGUGCAAUCACAGCACAAGCAGCAACCCUCUGCUGGUUCGACUGGUGUUAAGCCAGCUCCGCCGCCUGGCCCGCCUCCCCCGGGGCAAGCUCGGAAGCCUCCGCCGCCUCCAGGGCCUCCACCUAAGAAGGCGGCGCCACCCUUGCCUAAGGGGCCUCCUCCACCAGGCGCUAAGAAAAAGGCACCGCCGCCGCCGCCGGCAGCGCCUUCAGCGAAGAAUAUCGUUUCGAAUGAGGCCCAAGCUGCUGUGGCUGCGGCUCGGAACUAUAAAGCUCCUCCACCUAAGGAGGCACCGGUGAUACGUAAUGGAGGGAAUGCCUCUAGUAUAGUAGCUGUGGCGGCCCAAG